AUGAGCGUGAACGGUCCGACGACUACUCACGCCGAUGCAGGAUACAGGCACCCAGCGACGUCGACAAUGAGCAUGGGACCGGUGCCGGAUGCCGCGCGCGUCAUUCACGGUAUGAGCGCGCACGGGUUUGCCACCACCGUCCUUUUCUCUAUCGCCACGGGAAGAGCCAUAUAUGGGCUGGAAACAGGCUACUUGAUCGUACUAGAGCCGUGGGGUCGGCCCGUUUUGGACUUCUACGACGGCUUGAGAUUUGGGUUGUACGGGGUAAGCUUCGAACCAUUUGAGCAGCCAAGACUGGGUGGUUUGAACUCCGCCGCCAGCCAACGUUGCGCUUCGAAUGCGGACGACGCCGUCAACUUGAUCUGGGACCCGACAGACAGCCGCCGAGGUCCACAACAAGCCCUCGCGUCUGCGGGCACGAGGUCAUUCCGGCCAUGGCUCCCGUCGAACGCGGCAAACUCCCCGCGCCCGUAG